GGAGAAAUUGUUCCAAAAACUGUUGUGAAAAGCUUAACAGAUAAUGAAGUGUGUCUGAAAGGAGAAUUCACUGAUAUUCAAUGGAAUCUGACUGAAUGUGUUGAAAUAACAGAGCAAAACUCUUGCACAUCCACACACACUGUUGUACUGGACACAUGUACCUACACAAUGAAUGUUGAUAUGCCCCCAGUCAAACCUGAAAUACGCUUCAAUGCAACUGUUCCCUCUCAGUUUGAAUGGACUAAUAAACCUGCACGAUGUAAUCAUACGCUUAAAGUCGUUUGCACCCAUGGCAAUGGAAAAGAGAUGUAUCAUUUAGAUAACAAAGUGUUAUUAUCACUCAAUAAACAGUACAACUGCACUGGAGAAUACCCUUAUAAGCAAAGACUCAUCAAGAGUAAUUCACUAUCCUUUCAGAUACCAUGUGAUGGGCAAAAGAAUGGACAAUUUGAGAACAGCACCAGCACCUCAUUUGAAAUGUCUUGGAAUUCACUUGAGGGAGAUCAAUGCUCAGGGAUUAUAUGGGACAGUUUUUCAGCCAUCUGCAAACACCUUGACAGUAGUGGAAACAGUCAAUUGGGGAACUGUGUAAAACACAGUGGCACUAACACAAUCUGCAGUAUUACAAACUUAUUGCCAUAUAAAAAAUAUAAAUGCAGUAUUAGUGGAGAAGUCAUUGGAAAAGAUUAUGAAAUUUACAGUGGUGUGAACACAACGCUUUCUGACAAAAUUUCCUGUCUCCUAACUAUAACCGACGAGCCAUCGCCAGAGAGAGUGACAGAGCUGAGGACUGCCCCGGAGCCAGAGCCUGACCUGUCUGACCAGGUGUGGGAGCCAGCAACUGAGCACACACUGGUGGAGGAGGCAAUAGUCUCAGCCUCAGACAUCAUGCCCCCGGAACAUUGGCUAAAUGUCUGA